UCGCCAAUACUUAAGAAUGUGAUCACCCCCCCCCACGGGGGAUUCUGUGUGACGCUAUUCCAGUACGGCCUGCACCACUUCGCCAAACAUCCCAAAAGGCUCGUUCCUCGACGGAGCCAUCCAGACACUUACACCGCAGCCUUGCGAAAAUUUCAGUCUCUGUAGAAAAAGCAGAAGUGAUGAUGUCCUCACCGCUCCUUUACAUCUUGAACGUAACGCUGGUGGGGUUGGUCACCUUGCCUGCCAUCGUCCUCACCGGGCUCCUCUUCCGCCGUUCGACGGGGACCCGCCGUGACCCUAGCCGCCGAUGGGAGACCUUCACCAAGGCCGCCAUCGGGCUGUAUUCAUUCGUCCAUAUUUUGUACCUCAUCACUUCCAUUAUCGGCGCCACAAAUGACUUCGGAUACUACUACGGAAUCAAUAAUGGCUAUUUCGUGGCCGUGCAGUUUCUGGGCAUCAUCAGCCUCCUCUUCAGUCACCUCUACGAGGCGGCCAUCUUCCUCGCGCUGCUCUACCUUGCCCGAGCCCUGAACCUCGCCCGCGCCGACGAGACGUCCAGACGGUACCGCAUCGGGAGGAAGUGGGCCCUCGGCGCCGUCAUCUGGAUCUGCUUGGGCAGCGUUGUCGUCAUGAGCAUCUCCCUCAGCAUCUUCAUCCAGAGGUCCUUCACCGAGAGGCACAACGCCGAUAUGGAUUUGUUCAUGAGCAUCUACAACAGGAGCAUGGCGUCGGCCAUCAUCAACCUGGUCCUCUGCGUCACCAACCUCGGCUGUGCCAUCGGCACCAUGGUCUACACGGCCAAGGCCCGCAAGAAGGUCGUCGACGACUCGCUGCAAAAGAUGUCGACCCUCAUGCUCACAUGUGCCAUUCUGUGGCUGAUCCGCAACGUCUGGACGGUGAUUUUCACCUUCUUCCUAGCCUUCGCGCCCUAUUUCACUGGCGGCAUACUGGUCUGGUCCAAUGUCAUCGACCCCAUCCUGAACAGUUGGGUCACGUUCGUCAUCCUCGCGCUUCUGUUCGUGCUGGCUACCGUGGAGAAGUACGCCCUGCCGCGGGCUCGGGUGAAGGAGGAGCAUCGCAAGAGCAUCGACGUCGAGGCCGUCUAAGCUCACUUCGUGCGGUCAAAUGGGCUACACCACGAUCGACAACAACACAACAAACGACAAUUAUUUUCCAAGACUAUCAAAUCCCGUUGUGGAUUGACAAGUCUGGGAUGUUUUCUUCUUUGAUGACAGACUUUGAGACCGGAGGUUUGAUGAUUGCGACCCAUGAUCAUAACAAUGACUGUGGAUUGUGCAAGAUGUCCGAGGACGGAGGGAAAAUGAGAGCACCAUUCUCGUUUUCGAAAUGAUACCUUUGGAGCGUGAU